AUGAAGUGCGCGGGCGGGCGGAUGGGUGGUGGCGAUGCGGAUGCAGUCUGCCGCGUCGAGCGCGCCUGCCGUGUGUUCAAUCGCCUCCACAUCCAGCCGCAAGGGACGACUCAACAGUUCAAUUCCUCUUUCAUGGAGCCACAAGUUCAAUUUCAGUUCCUUGUCUUCCAGCCACACACUACGACUCAACUGAUGACACAAGAGACAAUUGGAGUAUUCUUUAAUCAAGUCAUGGCUGUUAUUGGAGGAAACACUGCUGGUCCCGGUGAUGCUGUCUGUAGCGUCUGCAUGAACCAUGAACAAAGAUUUGCUUUAGUGGAAUUCAGACUGGCUGAGGAAGCAAGCAAUGCAAUGGCUCUGGAUGGCAUUUUGUUUGAAGGGGUGCCAGUGAAGGUUAGAAGGCCAACAGACUACAACCUUUCCCUGGCAGCAGGCUUGGGCCUGAGCCAGCCAAGCCGAAAACUGAAUCUUGCUGCAGUUGGACUAACAGCAGGAUCAGACGGAGGAGGGUUAGAAGAUCCUGACCGUAUUUUUGUGGGUGGCCUUCCCUAUUUCUACUCUGAAGCUCAAGUCCGGGAGUUGCUUGAAUCCUUUGGGCCUCUUCGAGGGUUUGAUCUUGUGAAAGAUAGGGAAACUGGCAACUCAAAGGGCUAUGCAUUCUGUGUUUACUUGAACACCACUGUCACUGACAUUGCUUGCGCUGCACUAAAUGGUACUAAGAUGGAAGACAAAACCCUUACUGUCAGACGAGCAAACGAGAGUGCAUCUCAGCCCAGACCAGAACAGCUAAGUAUCCUAUUGAAGGCCCAGCGACAGGUGCAAAUGCAGAAACUUGCCAAUCCAGUUGGAGCGGCCCCUACAAAGGUGGUUUGCCUCGUCCAGGUGGUCAGUGCAGAUGAAUUGAAAGAUGAUGAAGCGUAUGAGGACAUCAAGGACGACAUGAGGCAAGAAGCAUGCAGAUAUGGUAAUCUGGUGAAAGUUGUGAUCCCACGUCCUGACCCCAGCGGACACCCGGUCACUGGAGUCGGAAAGGUGUUCUUGGAAUAUGCAGACGUCUACAGUGCCACCAGAGCAAAGAUGGCUUUGCAUGGAAGGAUCGUCGCAUUCGAAAUCCGGAGGAAAAAUAAGGAAAAAGACGGCGCCAAACUGGUCUGA